AAAAAUCAGUCCGCAGACGUCGGUUUUGCCAAGCAAACGUGCUUCUGAACGCGCUAUCCGCACUCUUUUUAUUCCCAUUAAUACGCAUACAUACCUAUACACACAUCAUAUACCUAAUGCGUGUAUCGGCGCGCGGAAGUUCUGAGUAUAAAGAAAAAAGAAAACUAAUCUCCCACUUGCUGAUACGUUGCCACAACAAAUAAUCCUAACACAAAGCGCUUAUGUUGUUGCUCUUUGCACCAUAACAAGUACAACAAUUGCCAUAAUUUUUCGCAUCACCCAACGUAUGUACUCUUAGUAAUUCAGUUCUCCACCAGUCCGUCGUUGGCGUCACAAGGGACACUUGCACAAACAACAACGUCGACGGAAAAUCAGCGAACAGGAAAAAAGAAAGCGCGACUCGUUCGUUCGUCGUUGGUCAUUCAACAACCUCUUUGGAAUGAUAUCGAUUUUCCGUUAUAACGUUAUACACACACUCUGACCGAGUUUACACACACACAAACAAACAACAAGCACACGCCCCACUUCAAACCACAGACAAUCCUACCAACACCCCAAGCCGCCCCCAGUCUGUAGCAGCUGGGACGGGGUAUUGUUUCCCUUUGUCUCAAUGCGUGUGUGUGUGUGAGAGUGCGAGUGAGAAGGAGUGACGGACUGUUGAUGCAGAGCGAGUGCGAGUGAGCAAUGAUUUAAUUGUUGCACAUCGGGGAAAUUAAUAGAAGCAUGUUUAAUUUGGCACUGAUCAAAUAGGGACGGACAAACAUUUUAGGGACACACACACAAUUGUAAAUAGCAUCAUCAGCACAUCAGCGACAUCACCGGCGACAACGCAAAACUUUGACGUCGUAACGAUCAUUGAGUUGAGCUUGCCCUGCGUCUGUGUGCGCGAGUCUGUGUAAGUCUGCGUCUGUGUGUGAUUGCUUGAGUUUCCAACAUGGCAGGACAGAGGGCGCUGCUAGUCCAACACCUGAAUGCACUGAGCACCGUUAGCUGUCUGCUGCUCUUCUUUUUGACUCAACAAGCACUGGCUCAAGGAACACCACAACAGGUGUGCCCAGAGCAGAGCGAUAUUUCGCCUUGUAUUUGCACGGUGAAGAAAAAUGGCUUGGACAUUUUAUGCGAAACAACCGAUUUGGCGCACAUCACAAAAUCGAUGGGCACGCUAAAGGGCAAGAGUCCGAUUAUCUUUUACCUGAAGCUGCGCCACAACAACCUGCCCAAGCUUCAAGGAUUUGUUUUUCUUGCGCUGGAUAUCCGCCACUUGACAAUACACAACAGCAGUUUGGCUGCCAUCGAGGAGAAUGCACUCAGUUCGUUGGGCAAGGGACUCACACAGCUUGAUGUUUCACUGAAUCAAAUGAAAACGGUGCCAUCACAGGCCCUGCAACAUUUGUAUCAUUUGUUAAUAUUAAAUUUGAAUCACAACAAAAUCACUGUUAUACAUAACAAUGCCUUCGAGGGACUCGAUACAUUAGAGAUACUCACGCUCUACGAGAAUAAAAUCACACAAGUUGACCCGGAAGCAUUCCGCGGCCUGGAAAAGAAACUGAAGCGUUUGAAUCUGGGUGGAAAUGAUCUGUCCAAUGUGCCGCAGAAAGCGCUCUCCAUAUUGGAUAAUCUAAAGAAGCUCGAAAUACAGGAGAACAAGAUUCGUACGAUCAGCGAGGGCGACUUUGAAGGCCUGCAGAACUUGGAUUCAUUGAUAUUAGCACAUAAUAUGAUCACAACCGUGCCUGCAAAUGUAUUUUCGCACUUAAGUCUACUCAACUCAUUGGAAUUGGAGGGCAACAAGAUCAGCGUCAUCGAUAAAGAUGCUUUCAAGGGUCUAGAGGAGAAUCUGCAGUAUUUACGUCUGGGCGAUAACAAUAUUCAUGCCAUACCCAGUGAGGCAUUGCGUCCCCUCCAUCGCCUGCGUCAUUUGGAUUUGCGUAACAACAAUAUCAACGUAUUGGCUGAUGAUGCGUUUACUGGCUAUGGCGAUUCCCUGACAUUCGUUAAUCUUCAGAAGAAUGACAUUAAAGUGCUUCCAAGCACCUUAUUCGAGAACCUCAACUCACUGGAGACAUUGAAUCUGCAGAAUAACAAGCUGCAACGCAUUCCACAGGACACCAUGGAACCAGUCAUCGAUACUCUACGCAUAAUUGACAUCACUGAUAAUCCAUUGAAUUGCUCGUGCGAAUUGAUCUGGUUCCCAAAGCUGUUGGAGGAUCUAAAAAAUAAGGAUGAUGAAAUGUCACAGAAGAAGAAGCCACUGUGCCACAUGUCGCUGGACAAUCGCGAGUAUUUUGUGCAAGCGAUGCCCAUCGAGAAGAUGCACUGCGCUGGCCUCAAUGUGAGUCCCUCACCCACGAGCGGCGGUCUCAUGAGGAUACUGCAAGUGAACAUUUUGGCCCAAUUAGCCAUGUUUAGCGUGGCGUUUCUGAGUAGUGUUUAAAAAAUGCUACUUCAAAAGCAUUAAGAGCAUACACACGCAAUCGUAUCAAUUGCAUUCACAUUCCGUUUUUCCGAUUAGUUUUAUACACACACAUAGUAUUAUGUAGGUGGUCAUGAUGGCUCAUCAUCAUCAGACAUAGACGAAGUGAUACUUAUGCCCCCACAAAACCAAAAACAAAUCAAAUCAAAGCCCAAAAAAAAAAAAAUCUAAAAACCAAAAAAAUACCAUAGAACUUUUGUACGCCUACAAACCUUUUUCUGUGUUGUUGUAUUGUAUUUUUUAUUAUAGAUUAUAGUGAAUCCGUGAAUUAUGCAACUCUGGCAAUUGUUAGACUCAGAAUGCACCCAACCAAGAGCAACAAAACAAGCAGAACAACAGCAAUAUCACCCCGCAAGUGCCCCCAUCGAUUAACUGAAUACUCAAAUGCAAAAUGAUACUCGUACACACCCACCUUGUUGAAUUGAUUAUUUGAUGCCAAUAUGCCAUAAAACGCGCAAACAAAAACAAUUAUUAACUGAACACUGCAAACACUCCAAAGUACACAAAACAAACAAAUAAUAAUAAUAACAAUUAUAAUUAUAAUAUAGUGCAGUAGCCCGACAAAUGCUGCUUAUAAAUGUUAGUACAAGCUCGUUAAUUGUUAACGCUUAGCCUUGAAUAAAUGAAAGAUUGUAAUCGUAAUUGUUAUCAAAAGGCAUCUAUGUAUGUAGUUGUAAGUUCCACAAAAAUGAUAAUUCGAAAAGAGAGAUUUAAACGUGAACAUAUCUGAGAACGUGAAUUGUUAGCAGCUAAGCUAAGCGAUAUUAUUAUUAAUUGAAAAUUAUUAUUACUACUUGUAGUCGUUUUAAGAAUUAUGCGAGAAUCUUUACAUGUUUUAUCAUAACUACAAUGCAUAUAUUUAUACAUAUAUGUAAUAUCUACUAUAUUUAUGUACCUAUCUAUUGUGUGUAGUACUAAUAACAUAUGUCGUCGUCUUGUCGUCGCUGUUGUGAGAUACAAUCAUUAUAAAAAUUUUUGUUUGUUCAAUUUCUAUUCUGUUAGCUAUUCAAGUUUUUACAAUGCAACCUAGUCGAAAUUUGCAAGAUUCUAUUAUUUACAAAAUUCUUACUAUACUAUAUAUUGCUAUAUACAAAUCUAUGUGCAACUACUUUUAAAAAUUUACAAAAACAAAAGAAACAAAAAAAUAAUUACUUUAAAAAAUUGUACGCGUUCAAACAAGAUAAAAAACGUAAACAUUUGCAUCAAUCAACAAGAACUGAUUAUGGAAUAAGUAGUUUGUACUCUUUAUAUGGAAGAGAGGUGGAAAAGUUAUAGGAAUGAGGAUUGAGAAGCGGACACAUUUGUUGUCCCGCAUAUACACAUACAUAUCAAUUAUUGUAUACAUAAUCGUUAUAGAUAUAUACACAGUGGUAAUAUCGUAACAUAUCAGGAGUGCGCCAAUUAUAAUUGGUAGCCUCAAAAAAAAAACCAAUGAAAA